AUGCCAUUGUGCAAGAGGGCCUCUUUGGAGGCGCAGCGCAUGAUGCGAGAAGCAUUCAUGGAGCUCGAAAAAGUCAUCAUGGUUUCCGAUCGAGCGCAGCUGAAGAAUGUAACGCUUGAAGAUGUUCAACAGGCUGCUCUCCAAAUCGAAAAGCAGCUUGCAGCAAGUCAGUCGCUGCGAAAUAUGCGAAGGCUCGCGCCUUUAUUCACCGGAUUGGAGCACUAUUCACAAACGAUUGAAGUUUUAUGCAACGGAACGCCGUAUUUACCUUGGCUGUGGGCACCGAUUAAGCUUAUAUUGAAGAUAUCUUCCGAUUAUAUCGAAGCCUUUGAACAGAUCAUCAAGGUCUAUAGCAGGCUAGCUGAGCCAUUGGCCAGGUUUAGCCUCUUUAACCAUUCAUUCUCAAACAACAUAGAAGUCCAGAAAACUUUGGCUGUAUAUUACUCCGACAUUCUCAAGUUUCACGGUGAAGCUUAUAAGUUUGUUCGACGAAAUGCUUGGCAAAGACUUUUCGCUACGUCGUGGGGGCGCUUCCAACGGCGGUUCAACCACAUAUUUGCCGAUCUAAAAGCACACGAGGAUCUCGUUGAUAAAACAGCCAUUGCCGCAAACCUAUCCGAGUCAAAAGAUAUGAGAGAGAAACUCCAGGAUUGGAGACAACAAGAAAUCAACAAAUUAAAGCAAGAAGAGGAAGACCGAGCGAGUAACGAGUUCCAUGCCAUCUUGAGUGUCUUAAAGGUUGAUGAGACUCAUCAAAUUAAAGUGUUUGAUAAUCUCGUUGCUGAGGCAAAUCAAAAUCCCGGAAGUUGCAGCUGGAUACUCCAACAGCCGAAGAUUCAAUCAUGGGCAAGAUGCGACCGUGCUACUCAAUUUGCUGUGAUGCAUGGCUGCGUUGGGAGCGGCAAAAGUGUUUUGGCUACACAAAUCCAGAAUUUUCUCCGUUCUUCAGAUCAUUCUAUGGUAGCGUCACAUUUCUGUACCUACCUUUACCCUGAGUCGACAAAUUACAACUUCAUAAUACGAUCAUUGAUGAUACAAAUCAUGCGUUCGGAUCCCGACCUCAUCACACUUUCGUAUGACUGGCUUGUACUGAAGAGGAAAACUCCAAACAAUGCGAUACUUGAACAACUUCUACGCCUCUUAGUCGAAGCUUUGGGGGCCAUGCCGUCUCAACAGAAGGCCCUCCAUGUUGUUAUUGAUGGGUUAGAUGAAUGUGAUGGCGGUACGGUCGCUGAUAUUGUAAGAACUCUCGACAAGCUAAUUGCUACUGCUUCAUCCUCCGGCACGACUGUUCUCAAGGUGCUCUUAUGUACUCAGAUGACACCUGCAGUUGCCAAAGUUGUCAAGAAGAAACACCAGAUAUCGCUGUCUAAUGAGAGAAAUCACUUGAACAAGGCUAUCCAAGAUUAUACCUUGCGGAGGAUAAAUACCAUUCGGCCAAGCCUCUCUCAGUUACGCAUCACUGAUGACGAUGUGGCGGCCCUGGCAUCUCGAAUCACGCAGAAAGCAGAUGGCAUGUUUCUCUGGGCAAAGCUCGUCAUGGAGUAUAUAAACACAAACCUUUUUCACCAUCGUGAUGAGAUAUUGGAGGCUGCCCAUAGUCUUCCCCGAGAACUUGGCAAGUUCUAUGGACGAAUAUUGUCACAGAUUAUGGCCAAUUUCGACGAGAGAUCUGUCCAGAGGAUUCGUGCUGUCUUCAGUUGGAUAGCAUUUGCAAAGCGGCCACUCCGCUCAGCAGAACUAUUAUCCGCCUUGGCGUUCGACGCCGGACAUGAACAAGUGAAUGAGCUCGUCCCGGCUUAUAUCCUCGAUAGCUUUCUCCAGGACUCAGAUAGUGGAUUCCUAAUCACGGAGAACGAAUCACGAAGGCGGCACGGUCUAGCUACCGUUCGUUGCCUCUUAUCUAGUCAGCAAACCUUUGACCCUUCAUACUCAGAGGCUAAAAGAACCUUGAGAAUUCUUCGAGGACUUCACGGUUUUCACAUCUACGCCACCGAAUUUUGGGUCGACUACCUUUUAACAGACCUUAAAUUUGAUCAAUCUUGCUUUUUCAAGUCCAAUUUCUUUCAGCUAUCUUGCCUUCUAGUGGACAAUUUCACAGGCGCGAAACCCGACUCGGAAGCAGUAGACAGUGGCACCUCAGAUCCCUGGCUUGCCUUGAUACGACAAAAUCAUUACCCUUUGUACAAAUUAGUCAAAAUGAUGCUCCUGGAACAAAACAAGGGGACGCUGGAAACGGUAUCCACCUACGGUACAGAUUCUACACCUCCAGAUCGCCCUUUUCGUUCAUUACUAACGAAGUAUCAAACGAUGAUUCGAAAGAUAUUAAACUAUUCCACCUAUCCAGAGGUCACCUUCCAGGAGCUCGAACAAUUCAAACAAAACUUCCGGACCUCGGCAUUUACUUGCCGACUCCAGUCAUGUCCACAUGCUGCUCUGGGCUUUAGUAAUCAUGACUGCCUCGUGCGUCAUGAAAUGGACCAUCUAAAGCAUGUUUGUCGGGUUCAGGGCUGUCAUUACCCAGUAUUCAACUCGGCAGGAAUGCUGAAGAAACAUGAGGCAAUGUAUCAC